AUGAAAGUUGUAAUUGUACUACUAUUGUACCAUUGGUCACUGGUAAACUACGCUCGUGGAGACUACUACACUCCGAGUGAAGAAGUUGGUCGAGAGCUAUCUCAGUAUGAUCCAAUAAAUGACAAACGAUAUCCGUUUGAAUUCGGUUUGGGCUAUUACUACCAGGGUGACAUAAUGCUGGUUCCGCCAGAGGAUGGACGAGUUUCAAUUCCUGAUACUCUUACUUCGUACAUUUGGCCAAAUGGAAGAGUGCCAUACACCAUAGUUGGGAAUUUUACCACUAGUGAGAGAAAUACCAUUCGUAACGCUAUGAAUAUGUUCAGACGAAAUACUUGCGUUCGAUUCGUGACGCGUAGAGCAACCGACAGGUUGUUUGUAACGAUUGGUAAUAAUUUUACAGGAUGCUAUUCAUACAUUGGCAGACAAUCGACCAAUCAGUAUAACUACAUCAAUCUGCAGACACCACAAUGCCUGAUGGCAGUUGGGACACCAGUACAUGAGAUGAUGCAUGCACUUGGUUUUUAUCAUGAGUUUGUACGGCCAGAUAGGGACGAGUACAUUUACAUCAAUCGAAGUGCCUUGCUGCCAGAGUAUCAAACGGAUGAGUUUUAUAGAAACAAUUUUGCCAAACUGCGACCGGAAGACGGACAGACAUAUAACAUUACUUACAAUUAUGGUAGCGUGAUGCAUUAUUCUCGCUAUGCUGGGGCGCAAAGUCGUGAAUAUCCCGUCUUGGUUAAUAAGAAACCAUACGUAGGAGAUUUUGGAAAUGAAAAUGGAUUUGCAGCAACGGAUGUGCUGGAGAUUAACUAUCGCUACAGCUGUUCGAAUAGAUAUAGAACGCCAAUACCAAUAAAUGGAAUGAUGGUUUAA